AUUACGAUAAAGUAGAAACAAUUAUUCAAAAUAUAAUUUCAAAUAAUAUAAUUGCAAAGCAAGUUAGUUUAUAUUUGCUUCAAAUUAUGAUACUUUUACCAAAGUUUCCACUAGUUAUAAUUGAGUUAGUUUCAAAUAAUAGUAAUAAAACAUUAAUGCAUAUAUUACAAAUACAUAAAAAGGUAUUAGAAAUAGCUAGCCAACUUUUAAUUCAUAUAAUUUUUAUUGGUGCUGAUAGUGCUAUUUCAGAAUUUAAUACUCAAAAAUAA